AUGGCUGGUCGAAGUCGCAUUAAUCGUUUGAUAGGUCUUGUUUCCAAAGAUAUGGCAAUGAUGGAUGGAGUGGAUUGGAUUGAUGACGAAUCUAUAACUGUACCUGUAUCUUGCGAAAACUAUUCUCCAAAGGCUAUACAUUCCAGAGAUCAUUCUCCAAGACCAGGAUGUUCAAACAGUUAUUCUUCAAUGCCGGGAAACUCUAAACAAUUUUCUACAAUACCUGGAUGUUCCAAAAACCUUUUCUCAGAGCCUGACAAUGAUGUCGAUAUAUUCACUGAUUCUGAUGAAACGUUUCUCGUAUGUCUUGAUAUUGUUUCUAUGUUAUUUGAUUCGCUACCAUACCCUAAUUUGGAUUAUUCUACAGAUAGUAGUGACGAUUUCAUCCCAAAUACAUCUGGCACAAGUAGCUCAGAUUGUUCAGUUUUACAAAAGCGCACAAGACGUAAUAGUAAUUUCAUUAUUCCAGAGUCAGAUUCAGAUACGAGCAAUAAUAAGUCAUUUUGGGAUAAAGAAGGUAUUAAACAAGGCCGGAAACAUAAGCCUAGGAAAAGUAUCAAGGAAAGAAGAGUAGAUAGAGAAACUAGAAAAAAGAAGAGAAAUCUAGGAAAGAGUUACGAGACAGGAAAAGGUAAAAAAGUAGAACAAAGGAAAAUCAAAGGUCUGGGAUCUUGUAGAAUGAAAUGUGCUGAAAGAAUUCCUGAAGAAUUUAGAAAUAAGAUUCAUAAUUAUUACUGGAGCUUAGGAGACUACGACCGACGAGUUUUGUUCAUAAGUAACCUUAUAGAUGUAAAGGGAAAAGCAUCGACAAAACUUGCAGCUACAGUUAAAAACAGACAUUUUACUAAUAACUACUGCCUAAAGCUUCAUUUAGAGUGUCAUCGUAUAUGUAAAGGUUGUUUUUUAAAAACAUUUGAUGAAACCCCUAAGUUUAUACAAAAUGUAACUGGGAAAAUUAAAGAAAGCGGUGGUAUUGUGGCCAAAUCUACAAGAGGAAAAAAGCCUAGCGCUUUAACCAUAGACAAUGAGAGGUUAGAAAAUGUGAAAACACAUAUAUUAUCAUUUCCAAUAUAUGAGAGCCAUUAUGGUCGUUCUAAGACAAACAAAAAAUUUUUGCCGCCCCAUCUAACCCUGCAAGAUAUGUAUAAAUCUUACUGCGAGGAUAAUGAAAAUCCGGUAUCACUAACCAUCUACUCAUGGGUUUUCCGGGCCCAAAACUUAUCUUUCAAAACACCAUAUGUUGAUACGUGUGUGAAAUGUGAUACUUUAAAUACGAAAAUUAAGUUUUGUGAUGGUUUAGAAAAGGAAAACACUGAAAAACUUUUGGAAGAGCAUCAAAGAAGAGCAGAAACCAUUUAUGAUCAAAAAUCAAAAGACCGGGCUUGUUCUAUUGAAAAGGGGGACACCGCAGUUCUAUCAUUCGAUCUGCAGCAAUGUUUGCCGACCCCAUUCCUUAAAACUGGGGCUGCAUUUUAUAAGCGUGCAUUAUGGACUUACAAUUUAACAUUAAGGGAUUGUACUCAUAAUAAAGUAUAUUGUUUUAUGUGGCAUGAGGGAAUUGGUGGCAGAGGAGCUAAUCAAAUAGCUUCAUGUUUAUUUUAUUAUAUUAUGAAUCUUGUUGCAUCUAAUAUUAAGCAUCUUAUUUUUUAUUCUGAUUCCUGUUUUGGGCAGAAUAAAAAUAUUUAUGUUGUAUGUAUGUUGUUGCUUGCUUUACGUAACAAUUCCAAUAUAGAAACAAUAACACAUAAUUUCUUAGUACCCGGCCACACACACAUGGAUUGUGAUGUUGAUCACGCGAUAAUUGAAAAGGCCAAAAAACGUACCCAAAUGGACAUACACCACCCUCGGGAUUGGUACCAGCUUGUCCGAACAUGCAGCAAAAAAAAACCCGUUCGCUGUUAUUGA